AAGGAAUUAUCUGUACGACUAACGGAUGACGAGGAUCCCUUCUUUCUCUUCACGUUGCAACUUGGUGAAGAUGAUUUCCAAAGGUAUGUCAUCAUUGUCAAAAUGUGGAAAAAAUAAUUUGUCUCCCUGACCAGUGUAAUUCUCAGUCGAAAGGAAAGUGAAUGAUUGGGUAAUUCAGUCGAACUUCUCCAGCAUGCAAACAGGUCUUGUUAGUAGACACGUCUCCUUGAAGAUACCUCUUGUUAGCGGACACCAUUGUUUGGGUCCGAGUCGUUAUAUUACAGGGUUCGUGCGGGUCAUGGAAAACCUGGAAAGUCGUAGAAUUUCAAUAUUUCAAAAUCCUGAGCUGGAAAUCCUAUAAAUCAAUUUUAGCCAUGGAAAGUCUUGGAAAUUUUGAAAUGAACAACAUUUUUACUUAUUUUCCUUUUAUCAGUCAUAACAAAAGGCGUGAAGUCCUGUAUUUUAAUUUGCGAGGAAAUUGUGAACGGUAGUUUCACCAGUUUGAUGGCGUUUCCAUUGGAUAUUUGGCCUUUAUUUACCAACAUUUCAGAAUUUCAGGUCAUAGAAUUUUGAACUGACAUCAGGUAAUGGAGGUCACGGAAAAGCCUUGAAAUGUUGUAAAUUUUAAAAUUUGAAUAAUGUCAUUGUAUUGACAGCCGUCGUCUUGACGUUGCCGUCUCACAUUCGUAAACUCCCUAAUUUGGUCCAGUAGGUCUGCCAGCGCAAGAAGCGAGGAGCUAUCAAAAAAGGAAGUCUUUAAGGCAGAAUUAAAUUGCUAUACGGCUAAAUCCCUGAUAAAAAGGGAUAUAAUCGUACACUGAAAGAUAUAAGCGCCAAAACUAAAAGGGAUAUAAUCGUAUAAGGGAUGUAAGCGCCAAAAAUACACUCUGCUCCAGUCUGUUGCUCGGAAUAUUACUCGGGUUGAGAAUUGCUGACCCGGGUUGAGAAUUGCUGACCCGGGUUGGCAAAAAUUGUCGUCAACCCGGGUUCAUGUAAACACAAAAAAAUAACCACCUGUGGCGUGCUGACCCAGGCUCGUGUAAAGGGGGCCUUACCAUAUACCUACAGCAGACAAAGACACCAAACAAAAUGCCGAAUAAUUAGCAUUAUAUUAACCUCCUUGUAAGCGAACAGUUUAUACAUUGUAUUUCCGUUCAAAUUGUCUUCAUCAGAUAAAGACGGAUGUAAAAGAUCCCGUAUAUUUUACUUUCUCCCUUUAAACUUCAUUCAAGUUUAAAAAGUCAGCAGGGAUUACUGGUUGAUUUUGGAGCAUUUCCACAAAACUUGAUGGACCUCUUUGGCUUGUGUCUUGAAGAAGAAUCAAAAGAUUUUCCAAAGUAAGACAAUGUGUUAGAUUGUUGAUUAAAGUACAUCAAAUAGAUCUCCUCAGCUCAGUAUAAUCCAGCCCUUGCAUGCCUAUCUCAAACGGAGGCACAGCCUAGAACAAUAGAAGACAGACGAAAGAAACAAUGAAUGAUUGAAAUAUUGGGGAAUAUAUAUAAGACAGUGCAUCACUAGCUGCUUGAAAAAUCGCCUCAAUUUUUAUGCAAUCAUUUUAUUUAUAAUAGAGAUAUAACGAUACAGGUUAAUCAGACAAAGUAAUUUAUUAGAUUUUCUGUAACCAGAGUUACGUUAGGACAGAAGCUGUUGAAAAUUCCUGUUUUAUAAUCAUGGACCUAACCAGGAGCAGUAGCAAAAAAUACUGCUAUAUACUGUAGGCCCUCUGAUCAUGUAAUGUUUACAUGAUUCAUCACUCUAUGCAUAUUUCAUUUCUAUUUAUGAAGUACACACGUGAUUGUGUGAUGGUUCCUUUAGCAGUAUCAUCCACAUGCCACAUUCAUUGUUAUAGGUUUUUGUUGACGUUUACCAUAUCCGAACAUGAUUGUGGAGUAUCCCAUCUGAACGUUGUCGAAACGAAUUCCUUUAAACAUCUGACGCAUUUAUCGCUAAAAUUUAUGUUGGGCAACGAUGUUGAUGUUAAGAAAUACCUGGCUGGUUGUCUCACAUCUUUAAAGGUACUGUAUCUGUAUUCUACUUAAUUAACUUUGUUCUGCUUUUUAUAAGACAGUGCAGAUCAACACCAAAUAGAUCCCUUCAGGUAUAUCCAGCCCUUGCCUAUCUCUCUCCUCUCAUGCAGAGGUUAUUAAUUGUACUUCGGACAGAUCUCGGUGUACAGUACCAUAUCCCAAUUAACUCUGAUAUCUGUCCGAAGUACAGUUACCCCUGCAGAGUGUUCGAGAUUUUAUCACAGAAAAAAAACUCCAUUGACAACGAUGAUGAACCUCAAGAGACUUAGCCGUUAUAUGUUUCAGGUAGUUGUAUUAUCUAAAAAAGUUGGCAAAACUAUGUCAUUGUUUAUACUCCCUGGAGUUCCAUUACAGUACGUGCUUUGGAGUGGGGCUCAGAGGUUUUACAAGAUCUUCGUGGUGUACACGAAGCUUAAUUGCACGUACACUACAUUCACAACUACACGAAGCAUUGCAUACAAACCUAACAAAAGACAAUUUUAAUACACCCUUCCUUUCUAGAGCCCCGUUUUCGUGAUCGAGACGUGGGCUUUAACUGAUGUCAGAUAUACACGAAACGGAAAGCGAGGCCACGGAGCCAAAAUGACGCAUUUUAAGGAAGGAUGUACUGUAUUACACCUUGUAUCUUGACUCUAUUGAGUAGAGUCAAACUGGAAGCACUCUUUAUGUAUGAGGCUGAGGCGAAUUUUACAAAUACAGACAUCAAACUUGGUUGCAGAGGUGAAAGGCAUAUAAAUAUUAUGCAUUAAGAUGGAGUUCAUGCAUACCGUUGCCUUUAUGCUGUACUUCAACCAUACAUUCGUAUUAUGUCAACUUUGUACCCAGGAUAUUUUCUCUCACACUCUGGUGCCACGGCCACCUGGGUACGAGGUUGGUAUUAUGCUACCAAAGGAAAAUCAACAUUUUUUUAUCAUUGAGGGUCAUAUAAAUGUUUCUGUCAUUUAGGAGGAAAAUCGUUGCUUGAAGCAAAAAUUGGAUGCAACCGAAACAGAACUUAACAGUCGUCUUGCUAGAUCACAAGAGGUUAUUUGAUUUACAUAGUGUACUGCCUUACAGGUGUAUCAUAAAUUGUAUUUCUCUAUCGUUAUCACAGUCUAAAAAUUGGUUUAAAAACCAAUGAAUAAAUGUUUUGCAUCAGAAUGCUCAUUUUCACCCAACAACCAAUUUAUUUACAGCGUGGACUUUUAAACGUUUAUGAUACAGUAUAUAAUUGUAUUGAUCGUAUUAAAUACUCUGUGUAUUUCCUAGGCACUUGCUGCUAGAAAUAAAGAAGUUAGUCAACUGAGAGAAGAAUUCAGCACAAAGUCCAGUUCAAUUAUCAGUAAACAUUCCCAAGAUCUGACUGCAGAAAGGGAAAAAGCGAUACAGGUACACACUACGAGCUGGAGGUUUUUCAUGCAUGUACAUUAACCAUACAAUACAUGUUAUAACCAUGUAUCUUCUAAACUGGUAAUAAUCAUGUUAAGCACAGAUUUAAAAACACGAACAGCUUGUCUGCUUUUAAAAGAGACAAGUUUUAACAAGUUGUUUGUUGUGUCAAAUACUUUAUAAAAGGGAUCAGGGGUGAAUUUAUAGGGGGCCCUGGGCCCCCUAGGGAGCUCGCGCCUUCGGCACUCGAGUUGUUAGGAAUCCAAUUCAUUUGAAUGCUUUCUCACAACCCCCUAAAGAAUUAUAAAGAAACACUCGGCUGCUCACCCAGCACCCCCUAGAAAAACCUUGCUGGAUCCACCCUUAAAGGGAACACGAUGUAGUAAUAAUCCUUUUCGAAUCGGUAUAUACAGUAUACAGUGGUUCGUAAACGUGCACGAAAACAAAUACAUUUUGUGUUCGAAUUUGACUAUCGCUGCUUCCCAAUGUCCGUUAUUUCGCUAACUGAUUAUGUAGCUGUGUUAUCUGAACAUUAUGAAUUAUUGUCAUUACCCAUAUUGAUAUUUCAGAUGCAAACGUCUUGUCAGAAACGGUUUGACCAGGAAAAGAAGGAAUUGGAAUCAUCUCAUAAAACUGUUGUCCAGGAAUUGCAAAAUAAAAUUUCAAACCUCACAGUUGCAAACAGCGUAAGUUGAUGAUUUAUUGAUGUUUCGUGCAGUGAUGGAAAAUGAAUUACCUUGCAGGCCAUUUUCUUACAUCUUGCAGGAAAUUUUUGUCAUCUUGUAUACUAGAAUGCCAUAUAAUUUACUUAUUGUUUACAAAUUAAAGCGUUUUGUAAGUCGAGAUCGUCUUGUGUCGAGAUUGAAGUUUAUCAAUCUUGUGUGCGGCACUGUACGUUCUCCCAAAUCUACAUAAUUAUGCACGACGUUUUAUGUUUCACUUGCACCAGACUUAAGAAAGUAUAUUUUUCUGGGUCUGGUUUCGUGUGGAUCCAAAUAUUGUAAUACUUAACUAUUUCUGCAGAAUUUCACGCAGAAGAUUGCGUUGCUUAGUUCGUAACACGCAUGUAUUUGUCUGAUCCUAAAGCGACUUUUCCUGCAUCGAUUGUGCAUAUGAUAUUAUAUAUAAAUAAUCCAUUAAUGGUUACAACGUUAUACCACGGGUUUGGUUUUACAAUAAAAUUACCCAUAUUUUGCAUUUUUCUUGCCCAGCCGCACUGACAUUCCAUGUGUUGCCAUGCUUUGCAGUUAUUGUUGCCAUAAAGAGUGUUACUGUAUAAUUUCUCAUUUGUUUAAAUAUCAAUUCUGAGUAUUAGUAUACAAACUUGCAAUUUCUUUUCAGGAAUUAAGUGAAAGAAAGUUUCGCUCGGAGUCCAGUUGUGGCGAUCUCAAGAACAAACUUGCGUUCGUGGAGGAGGUGAGUGAAGUCAUUCAUGUUGAAAAAAUACAAAAGAAAAAUAUCUGCAUGUCUUUCUAUCAGCCUCCGCCUGAAAACAGUGAAAAGCUGUAUACGUUAAUUUAAGAAUAAAAGCUCUGUCAGAAGGACAGACAAUAUAAGAUCGAUUGUGUUAGGUUUCUGUGAAAUGUGUAGAGUCUCGUUGAUUAGAAUGCAUUACCAGUCUUUUCUGGAGAAAGGUUUCACAAACACCUUAAAAUCCUAACAGUGAUAUACGAUCAGCAUCUUUUUAAGCAGGUUGACCGAGAGUUAUAAUAAUUCCUCCAACAUUUAUAUUAUGUGUACUCUAACAGGUGGCUUAUCCAUCGGGUUUUUAUUAUUUUACAAAGUUAGGAGAGUUUUAAGCCAGUUUAAACGAGAAUAUGGUGAGAGUUGGCAAUCACGAUUGUUACGGGGGACAUGCAUUUCAAGCUCUAGAUGACAAAAUAAAGGUUUUUUAUCCUAACUACGUAUACGUUUUAACUUAUUAAUAAAUAAAACACAUGUAUACUGUACAUGAUAGCGUUGGGAAAGCAAUAAGAACAGCAGACCAAGGAUUCCCAACUCUCAUGCACUCUCAUCCUCGUUUGACCAGGGCUUUACUUCAACAGUCUUCACAACUUUGUUUUCCUCGGCAGAUUUACAUAUAGUAGUAGAUAACACACGGUUUAAAAUAUCUGCCGGCUAUCACCUGCAUUUUCACAGCACUGGUCGGCAACUUCUAAACUAUAGCAACAACGAGAUUUUCAUUCUUAGUAAAUAUUUUAAAAUUUUAUUUAGUUUGGGGUAUUUGAUUACCUGCAUUAUGCUGGGCAUCGAUUUUUGAAAUGACUAUUUCAAAAGAUUUUUUGAUAUUUAAAAAGACUGUUGUUGCAUGCGUAUUCUAUUUUGCUUCCUAUUUUGCUGCUGUUUUUGACAUGGUGGUAUUUUCUGCGUAAUUUGUAUGUUCAUGUUCGACUUAUCAGAGCCUGAAAAAAAUGGCCUGUACAAAAAAGGUACACGCACCAAACAGCCUACAAAUAUAUCGAAAUUUAAAUUAGUUAUUUUAAACCCUGUAUUAAUAUGCUUCAUAUGAUAAUAUAUCGAUUACUGAACAUCAAAGUACGUCGCAGUCAUAGUUGCUUUUGAAAACCAGAUGGGUAUGGAAGCUUGCUUUUUAUCACUGAAAAUGGCAAAUGCAUUCAGUGUUCCUGAAAACAAUGCAUUCAGAGUAGUACAGUACAUUUUUAGACAUUUUUUCUUCAGGCAUUGCAGCGUUCAAAAGUGGAAGUGACAAAGCUGCGUAGAGAUAACUCAAGUCUGGAUGUUGAGCGUCAUGAAAGGGAUAAAACUUUAAAUCAUCUUCGGACAAGAAUUGCUGUGCUUGAGCAAGAAAAUAAAGAUAACCAGGAGGUGGGUUCAUACAGUACAUUCAAGUCGGCUGGAAUGAAUGAGAUUGAGCUUGAAUGAGAUUGAGCAUAAUAUAUUUUCAUAUUCAACGUUAUGACGUCACUCCUUUGAAGAUUAUGUAAAAACUUUUAAAAUAUUUGGUUAGCUAUGGCUGUUAGUCAAUUUGAAACCAUGUAUCUUUUAAGUAAAUAAUCAUCCUUACUUGCAGCAGAGAGCUAAACUAUCAAGACUGUGUUAACCAUAUUAAACAGACAAACAGUAAUUGUUGGAGGGUGCGGGGCGGUUGCCCACCCCUUCCACCGUAGUGUCCGCCACAAUCUACUAUUCUCCCUACUGCUUACCCUAAAGUCAUCCAAACUUUAAUCGUAACUUUAAUCGAAGGUGAUUACAAGAACGAGAGAGCUACUGCAGGCUGCAAAUGAACAGAAAAGGAAAUGUGAAGAAACUGUAGUAGAUCGUCAACAACAACUGAAUAAGUCAGAAAAAACUGUGAAAUCCAUUUCAGAUGAACUAAUUAAGGUAAAGUAAAAUUCUCGUAAUAACAUUUCAAGUACAACCUACACUGAUACAGGAAUGGAUUUACUGGUGGUGCAGGGGCUCCACUUUCAUCAUCAAAUCCAGGUGCCAAUUUCAUUAUCAAAUCCAUUUUUUUCAAUUUGGAAAGGCAAUAUCUUGUCAGUAUUGAUGAUGAAAAAAAUCAAUUAAUGAUGAUCAUCAAUUAAUGAUGUUGAAAAUGCAGUGAACUCUGAUUUGGAAAACCUCAGAAUGUGGUUAAACGCGAACAAACUGAGGCGUAAAAAAAAUACCUGUGGUUCCGGUUCCCGACCGACCCUAUUUUUUUCUGCCGACCCUAUUAUUUUUUCAACGCGAUUGACCGUGCGACCCUAUUUUCUCCAGGUGGUUGCGGGCUGCUGGUACAGCGUGCCAAAAUGGCGUCUGUUGUCACACUAAUUAUUGAACCAAAUUGCCUAAAGUCGUCCAUAGGAAAUACGCAUCUCUAGUUAAUAUUGAUGUUGGGACUCUACUGCAAAUCGCCCAGCAAAAAACUGCUAAAACUAUGAAAAAAAAUAUUAAAAAAAAAAACUUAUUUCCGACCUACCGACCCUAAUUUUUUCACGAUAUGAAACCGGAACCACAGGUAUUUUUUUUUUACGCCUGAGCUUAAACAUUGCCAAAACUGAAUUUAUGCUCAUUGGAUCAAGAUCUCUAGUGCAUACUGUUUCAAAUUCACAUUUAAACAUAAUGAUUGAAAACAGACCAAUUAAACAAGUGCAGGAAUGCAAGACACUAUAGGAGUAAUAGUUGAUCAGCAUCUCUCUUGGAAAAGUAACACUAACGCCCGUAUUCUAAAAGCUCACUCACACUCAAUGAGUGGAGAUUCAAUUUGAGCUUUUCUUGAGUGUCAAUGCUGUUGUUGAAUAGCUGGAUGGUGAGUAGUCACAUAGUAAGGUACGACACUAACCCUCCAGCUAUUCAAAAACAGCAAUGACACUCGAGAGAAGCUCAGAUUGAACCUCCACUCAUUGAAUGUGAGUGUGAGUGAGCUUUUAAAAUACGGGCGUGAGAGUAUCUGUAAGAAAAUCACAUCAGCCAUUUCUGUUAUUAGAAAACUAAAAGAAUUUGUUGACCGUGAUACACUUGUUUCUAUAUUUAAUGCAAUUGUACAACCAUACUUUACUUAUUGUUGCGAAGUGUGGGACAUUUUUGGUGAAACUUAAUCACAACGAUUACAAAAGCUUCAAAAUAGAUGCGCUCGAAUUAUUAUGGCCAUGGGUAAUGAAGUUAAUGCUCAAAUUGCAUUAAAUUCAUUAGGAUGGAAGACACUAAAAGUACAAAGAACUAAAGCUAAGGCAAAAUUAAUGUUCAAAAAGUUUUUGAAUAAGUUUGGGCCAAAUAGCCCAACAAACCUUUUUACCUACAAGAAUGAGAAUACACAUUACUGUCUCCGUGACAAUGAAACCACACUCGUUUUGCCACAGCCUCGCACAAAUAACAUGAAAAAGAGUUUUAUGUUUAUAUAAUGGGGCAAAAAUAUGGAACUCAGUGCCUAAAGAAAAAUUGCUGCUAAUGUUACUAAAUAAUAUAUUUGUACAUAUAUAUAAAUCCGUUGUUGUAAAUAGUUAACUAAUAUGUUUUGUCAGUUGUCUAUAUUGUCAAUUUUGUCAAUUGGAACAGUUAGAUUAUUUCUAUUUUCUUUUACAUAAGACUCAUAAGAACAUUUAUAUAUAAAAAUUAACUUUUGAACACACGCCCUUCGUGGAAAUCAAUAUUUUUAAAAUCUAUAAAAUCUAUCUAUCUAUCUAGUAUUACCACAAUAAUGUCCCCAAACCCUGUCAGAGGCAACGUUUUGCCCGUUCUACAGAACAGUCUGUUGCGCGUAGCUCAAAUUGACGAUGGACUUGAUCAUCGGUCGCACCCCAAACCAUGAUGGUGAGCAUCCCCUACCAGAUCUGACUGGAUCCAUCCCUGUUUCUAUGAUCUCGAUCAGUAAUCAAUGACAAGCUCACAGUUUCUGAUUUACAAUAACGUUACUCACUAUUUGUAUUUUUGACAGGGGAACGAAAUUAUUCUUAGACUUCAGAAAGAAGUGCGAAAUGCGAAAGCUAAGGUAAACUAACUGCUUUCUAUGGUAAACUAACUGCUUUCUAUGUACAGUACAUGUGUAUUUAUAUCUGUCAUAUUUCAUGAUUGAGUCGGUUUUGUUUGAUGUACCGCCUGCUGUAUCCAUAAAGCCCUAUAUAUAUGAAUAUUAGGCUAAUUUGAUAAGCAAUCUGGAAAAUUCUAGCAAAAUAUUUGACAAUGUAUUAUACACUCUAUACAGGUGAUCGCAGCCAAAUAUUCACUAGACUUGGUUUGCCUGUGUGCUAACGCUACUCCAUAUAUAAUUUGGCUCCACUAAAAAUAUACCGAUGUUUACACUUUUCACAUUUAUUUGUCGAAACUUCGGCCGAUAGGGACGCAACUACCUGAAAAAUACAAGGAGAAUUUCGACGUUUCGAGCGAAGGACCUUCGUCGGAAAAUUUUGAAGUUUCCGUUCGAAACUGCGAAAUUCUUCUUGUAUAUUAUUAUUAUUUAUUAUAUAAACAUAAGUGUUAUAUUUAAGAAAUAGAAAACAUUUUCCGUGUUUCUAUAGAGUUAUAGAAACACGCGUGAAAGUUUGGGAGAAACGAGAAAUUGCGUGGGAACACGAGCACGAAGUGCGAGUGUUUCCACGCAAUUUCGAGUUUCUCCCAAACUUUCACAAGUGUUUCUAUAAACUCUAUAGAAACACGGAAAAAAUGUUUUCUAUUUCCUUUAUUAAAUAGCCUUUUAAAAACAAUAGAAGAGAUACAUUUAUUGAUUUUAAUUGCUUUCAUUCAAAUAUUAAUUCCACCUUAAUAUACGUUCGUGUAAAGAAUAAUUAUAAAAGCAUAGCGAAGUGAACAAGUACAUCGCUGUCAAAACAACAGACAGCACUUACUACGCAUUUCACUGAUAUGUGCAUUCCGCAUUUUUUUCUCGCUUCCGAACGGCGUUCAACGGUCGACGUUUGACGCAGGCCUGGUUACAAAAUUGGCGCCUUUUCAAGUUUUCAUCAAUACUUAUGUCAUUCAAGACAAGACAUUGACUAUUUAUAUUGAUUUAUAUUAACUUCGGAAAAUUCAAACUUGAAAAAGCGCCAAAUUUUGUAACCUGGCCUGCGUCGAACGUCGACCGUCGAACGCCGUUCGGAAGCGAAAAAAAAAUGCGGAAUGCACAUAUCAGUAAAAUGCGUAGUAACAGGCUUACUUUACCAGGUAUAUAAUUCACACAACAACGUACAUGCUUGCAUGCAAAGAAAGCACUGUUUUAAAUAGUUAGUGAACGUUUAAACAUGAUUAAAAACUAUAGUAAACAUGAUUAAAAACGUCGAGAGGAAAUAUUUUUUAAAAAGACAAAGUAAAAUUAAAAUAUCUUGCCUUGACAAACAGUCAAACAGAUACAAUGUGUGCUAUAAUUAUACUUUGUGCUUUAGGUCUUCGCUUUCUAAGUUAGCUUUUGUCCAAUCAGCGCCCGUGUUUUUAAAAGGCUAUUUUAUAUAAAGACUUUUUGGCCACUGAGAAAAAUCGUAUUUAAACACACGUAAAAAAUACGAUAUUUUUACGUGUGAAAAUAUCAUUAGUUGUAAAACGCAUUGCCACGGACGUUUUAUUGUUUUCCACUGAAUUUUGUUUAUAUAAUAAACAGAAAAAUACAUGGGUGCUUGGAAAUACCAGAUUUAUUUCUCGUGUUGAACAUGAUAUCUCACUCGUGAGAUAUCAUGUUCAACACUCAAAAUAAAUCUGGUAUUUCCGCGCACCCAUGUAUUAUUCUCUCUAUAUAUGUAUAGUUUUGUUAUUAUUGGCACUACCUACACUGGCACAGACCAUUCAAGAUUAUAUCACAUUUAUCAAAUUAAAUAUUUCGAUUAUUUUUGUUCAGAACAAAUUAAAUGCAACUGUUAUAACCCAACAAGAGAAAGUCCUAGCAGAAAAGGUAAAAACUGUACUAUUGGUAAUGAAAUAGAUUUGUAGAUGAAAACAAUAUCGCUUCAUAGUUUUAGGUUUCAAAAAGAAAUUCCAACUUUUCAGUUAACAUUUUUUCGUUCUCCAUUUUCAUAACUUUAACGUUAUUUUGGCAUACACAUUGUUUUAGGUUUCAACGGUGGAAAAACAAAGUGGCGAAUUAAAGACGCUAACAAGGGAUAUUAACGACAAAGGAGCUGAAGUAAGAGUUCACUUACCAGUUACCGUGCCCUAUAUGGUGGAUCGUCAAAAACCUAUAAGGCUUGCCUUCGUGUUAACUCACUUUCCUAUAUUUGAUAUGUUUUAUGCAUGACUAAUAGAUCGUUCUAUAAUGACAUCAAACGCGUAGAAACACAUAAUGCGAUGUCUAAAGAGACCAUUUUAGCGAUAUUCGCAAUGCAAAUGAUGUUUUUAUCAAAUUUAUUGGCUCCCCAACGACUUUCAUUGCGAAUCGUCGCUAAAUUGUAACUAAAAAUUGUCCUGUAAGACAUUGCAUAAACUGGUUUUCCGCGUUUGACGUCAUUAUAACAAAGGUCUAUUGAUUACUUGAUUCAUGAUUACAUUGCGUCAUGGCUGCAGUGCAUGAUCCAACAUAUUCUAAGAGGAAUAAAUCCAAAUUCUAAAACCUUGAAACUCACUGUAGUUGAGUUAAGAAUUCUCAAGAUACAGGCCAACUCCAAGAAUCGUGGAGAGGCAAUGGAGAUAUAAAGUAGCUAUUCAAACCUGAAGUUACUAUCUAACAGCUUCAAAAAUCGUUGACUGAUUGAUUGAUUGUGUAUUAAUUAUUGAUUGUAUAGAUAAAAAUUUUAACUGAAUCACUAGCGGCAGCAACUGAGAAAUUAGAAGAAAGUAAACAAUUGUUAAAAACAAAUGAGAAUGGUAGGUGAUCUCUGAAAUACUGUAUUAGAACAUGUGUAUUGAGUUUAUUUUGUAAUACACAUCAUGUUGUAUUGAUUCUUUAUCUUUCGAGAGGAAAUGAAUUUUGCAUGAUUCACAAAUAAAGUCUAUAUAUCUUAAUGUACAAUUUCAAUUGAUAGUGAUCAACUGGUUAAAUAGACAAAUCAACGAACAGUGCAUGAAUCAACCAAAGUUUGGUACAGCAAACGUUAAUUCUGUUAGCUCUAAUAUCGGAUCUCGGUCCAGCUUCAAUAAUAAUCUCGCACUGGUGAGUAUACUUUUGAGAUUCAAAAUAGUUUUCCAUAUUCAAAUGUUUUUAUCCAAAUAGAGAAGCGGUUGUAAGUCUUGGAAUGUGAGCUCCAAAAUUGCCCCAACAAAAGUAAAAAGCUGAUUUUCAAGAGAGCCAUGUUAGUUUAAAAUGUUUAUACGUGUGCUCUCUCGUGUUGACACUUAUGUGCAUGAACAUUUUCAAUUGAUGUGCGUUGAAAUCACCUUUUGUUGCAAGUUGCAGCAAUUUUGUUGCUCUUACUCUUCACCUCUUUCUUGCGUCGAGCAAUUGUUGUAAGUUAACAUGGAGUUCAGGCUUGUUAUAUUUAAAAACAGAUAAUAACAAUUAUAUUUAAUAGUUUUGUUUGUGGAAACACCACGUAAAUUUAUUACUGCAAAGCUUUCGAUCCGUAAGCCCGGAUUUUCAUCAGUGCUAAUAUUAUGUCAUAUUAUUAGCACUGAUGAAAAUCCGGGCUUACGGAUCGAAAGCUUUGCAGUAAUAAAUUUACGUGGUGUUUCCACAAACAAAACUAUUAUAUAUUUUAUCUCCAUGCAAACAUACAAAGAACAAUUAUAUUGAUAUAAUAUUAAAUAUUUACAAAUAUCACUGGAACAUUUUUGUUAACUUAUUUCUCUUUAACUAUUUUAAAGCCUCACAGUACUCCACUUUCAGUUGGUUCUGCGCCUCAUUCUACGCACGCGUACAUCCCACGUUACACAUCUCAAGCGCAGGUACUGUAAGAUUACUAUAUGUAUGUUAUUUAACAAAUAUAAAACAUUUUCCGUGUUGAUAUACAGUUAUAUCAACACGAGUGGAAUUGGGAAAACGAGAAAUUGUAUUUUCAUACUUUUCGAGUUUUCCCAACUUCCACGAGUGUUGAUAUAACUAUAUAUCAAUACGGAAAAAAUGUUUUAUAUUUUUUUUAUAAUAUAGCAAUGUCAAAAGCCCGAAGGAUAAGAAAAAUUUCCGUGUUUACAAGCGGCAGAAAAUUUCCCGUGUUGACAUUGAGUUAUAUCAACACGGCUUCUAGCCAAUCAGCGUUCAGAAUUUACAAAUUUUAUAUUAUAAUAUAAUAUAGCAUUUGUAAAUUCUGAACGCUGAUUGGCUAAGAGCCGUGUUGUCACUGUUGAUAUUACUCAAUGUCAACACGGAAAAUUUCUUUCUUCAUAUUUCUUUGUGCUAUAUUAUAAAAAACCCAACAUUUUUCCGUAGUGAUAUACAGUUAUAUCAACACUCGUGGAAAUUGGAAAAAUUCGAAAAAAACUCUGCACUCCGCCCUCCAGGCGUCGUGUUCCAUAUACAAUUUCUCGUUUUCCAAAUUUCCACUCGUGUUGAUAUAACUAUCAUAUCAACACGGAAAAUGUUAUUUGUUAAAUAUAUAUACAAUAAAGAUAUACGCGGUGUUUCCACAAACCGAAAUUUAUAUAAUUAAAUUUACCACUUAGGUUGUAUAUCGACCCGGUCAUAAAACUGAUCCAAACACUCCAAGUAUUCCUGAAGAAAGAUUAAAAACAUCUCCGCACAUUCUGUCCGCUCCGUUAAAAACUGGAAAAGAGAAUAACCCCUUAAUUGAUCCAAAAUAUUUAACUAAACCAAACCAGAAAUCGAAUCCACCAAGACCACCAUUACAGACACAAAAUAAGCGAACUAUCCCGGGUAAUCCUUCUUCGUCGCAUUUACCACCUGCGAUCCCUUUGAUGUCAGCAUAUUUCCCUUCUAACCCGCCAACGGAUAAGAACGGCAGUAGCCUGUUAUAAUAUAGGAAUUCUCCUUCUAACGGAGCUCCAAUUCCUUUAGAGAUUGUAUAGUGUAUUUAAGAUAAAAUUGUUGCCGCUCUGUGAAUGUUGAAAAAUUGAUUCUGGAUUAAUCUACUACCACAGAAGAGAUACAGGACCAGAAGUGUCACUCAGACGAUAUUUUGUCCGAAAUUUUACGAGUGCUGACGUGAAAAUACGCCAUCAUAUGACGCCAUCCUGGAGUGCACACGGAAGUUUUUCAUAGGAAAACGUAGGUACAAAGUGCCGGGUGCACUCCAGGAUGGCGUCAUAGCAAGCCAAAAAAUUUCGGACGUUUUCCUUCAGCCAAAACACAUAGGAGUGACACUUCUGGUCCGGUAUCUAUUCUGUGCUACUACCAUGCAGUAUAACUAAUACAAACAUUUCUAAUAUAGCAUUUAUAAAUUCUGAACACUGAUUGACUAAGAGCUCUGUUGACAUAACUCAAUGUCAACACGGAAAAUUUCUUUCAUAUUUCUUUGUGCUAUAUUAUAAAAAAAAUUAUAAUACAGCUUUGUAAAUUCUGAACGCUGAUUGGCUAAGAGCCGUGUUGCUAUAAUGUCAACACGGAAACGUCGGAAAAUUUCUUUCUUUAUAUUUCUUUGUGCUAUAUUAUAAAACAAAUAUAAAACAUUUUUUCCGUAUUGAUAUACAUGCAGUUAUAUCAACACCAGUGGAAGUUGGGAAAACUCGAAAUUGUGUGAAAACACUCCAUCCUCCGGGCGUCCUGUUAAUUCCACACAAUUUCUCGUUUUUCCAAUUUCCACUCGUGUUGAUAUAACUGUAUAUCAACACGGAAAAUGUUUUAUGUUUGUUAAAUAUACCGACAGAAUUAGCUUGCGCAAAGUUUAGCUUACCUGUUCGAGAAAUGUUUAUAAUAAUGUACUGUAUAUGGAUAUGCAUUAUAACUCCCUGCAUGGGCAGAUUAGGAAAUACUGAAUUUCGUUCUUGCUCCAGAUCAUAGAUAUCUUAUAUACACUAGAUAGUGCAUCUAAUUAUUCUGCAAUUCAAAAAUUGAAGCCGUGAUUGCAGACUCAGGAUAUUCCCAUGAAAUGAGAAGACUCGUAUGUUUUCUAUUACUUAAACAGGG